AUGGAUUCUUCGUGGGGGAAUAGGUCCAAAUGGACCAUAGGUAUCCUCAGCGAUCCGCAGACGGACGAGGUUCCCGGCACUGUUCUUCUUCUGGCGUCGGAUCGAAACGAGCCGCUUGGUCUCCGGAACCAACCAGCUCGAACAUCAGCCUCCUCUCUCCCUUCGCCGUACCCUCCGAGCCGGUCGUCUUCGCGCUCGGUAGCUCCUGUUCCCAAGAAGACCUCGGAUGGGCGGAUUCUUCUCGAUCCCCAGCCAGAGGACUCGAUGAAUGAUCCCCUCAACUGGCCGGCAUGGCGGAGAGAUGCGGCUUUGCUUUCGCUAGGAUUCUACUGUCUCAUGGGCGGUGGUAUGACACCUGUACUUGCAGCUGGAUUCAACGACGUAGCCAAGGACUACGGAGUGAGUACGCAAGAAGUCGCAUAUACGACCGGUCUUUACAUGCUGGGACUAGGAGUGGGGUCGAUAAUAAUGGCUCCGACAGCAAUUCUUUAUGGAAAACGUCCGGUCUAUCUACUAGGCGCGACACUUUUUAUCAUCUCGGGGGUUUGGUGCGCCCUCUCGCCCAACUAUGCCAGUUUGGUUGUUGCCCGCAUUUUUCAAGGCAUUGCAGUAAGCCCAGUCGAGUGUUUGCCAUCAGCGACAAUUGCCGAGAUCUUUUUUCUUCACGAACGAGCCUAUCGGAUCGGUAUUUACACUCUCCUGCUUCUUGGAGGCAAGAAUUUGGUACCGUUGGUUAGUGCCGCGAUUAUUGGGCGAUACGGAUGGCGUUGGGUAUUUUGGGUGGUUUCUAUCGUGGUUGGCGGUUCUCUCGCCCUCUUGUUCUUCUUUGUCCCCGAGACGUUUUGGGAUCGGGCACCUCGAGCAAAGACAAAAAGCAAACGACCUAACCUCUAUCGAAGCGUAUCCGAUUUCGCGCACCAUGGAUUCCGAGGUCGACACUCGGAGCGGCGAACAGUUGAAAAAGAAACAGAUUUACAAAACUCAGACGAAGUGCAAAGUCCCAAGAGGAGACGAGACGUUCAUGUUGGCUUUGUCGAGGACCAGCUAGACGAAAAGUCGCACGAAGGUAAAGAUAAACAAGACGAGCGGCCGCAAGCAGCUAACGAUGCCAAUACCACGGCUGCCGAAGAACCGGGGGUCACCCCAGCGAAUGCAGGAGAAGAUGUCCAGGUGGCGACUCCCUCCCCAGCGCACUUGAGCGCGAUGGAUCACUAUUUUACCAGUCCGCAGAACCCACAGAGCCCUCCACUAUCACCUAGUGCCGAUAUCGAAGCAGCACGACAAGUAUCUAUGUCUCCGGUGGGACAUGAAUCGAAAGAGCGGGUGGCCCCGACCAAGGCUGCGUCGUUAUAUACGCACAACCUCCGAGAAGGCGGCCCGGUUACUUAUGUGCAAACACUUCGACCAUGGAAUGGAAGAUUGACACACGACAAAUGGUGGCGAGUGAUGGUGCGGCCAUUCAUCCUUUUCGCGUACCCUGCUGUUCUGUGGUCGGCGCUCGUGUAUGCGUUGUCUAUUGGCUGGUUGAUCGUACUUUCCGAGUCUGUUGCCCAUGUCUACCAGGGCAGCGAGAACUACAACUUUUCUCGGCUGGCAACCGGGUUGAUUUACAUAUCCCCCUUUAUCGGGGGAGUCAUCGGUACGGCGGUGGCAGGACGAGUAUCUGAUAUUAUUGUGAGAUUUAUGACAAGGCGCAACGGGGGGAUCUAUGAGCCGGAGUUUCGCCUUGUGAUGGCCAUCCCUGUUGCCAUUUCGACCGCAGCUGGACUUAUGGGAUUUGGUUGGAGUGCACAGGAAAAGGACAAUUGGAUUGUGCCUACAAUAUUCUUUGGGCUGAUUUCGUUUGGCUGUUCCUUGGGUAGCACGACAUCGAUUACGUUCUGUGUUGAUAGUUAUCGACAAUAUGCCGGUGAGGCCUUGGUGACGUUGAACGUUAGUAAGAACAUCUUUCACGGACUUGUCUUCUCCCUCUUCUUUGUCGACUGGCUCGAGUCCGACGGAGCACGCAAUGUAUUUAUUGCGAUUGGUGGCAUUCAGAUUGCGUGUCUGCUGACGGCGAUUCCGAUGUAUAUCUUUGGCAAACGCGCGCGGAUGUGGACAGUGCGUAUGAAGCUGAUGGAGAAGUUUUAG